AUGUUAUCAUCUAAUGAAGUUGUGAAAUGGGAAUGGCAGCCAUUCAACAAUAAUAUUGUACAUAAUGGGCAAACUCUCAGAAUAGAAGCUUCUAAAGUUAUUAAAUACUAGAACUCUAAUCAAGGCUAUUCAUUUGAUUUAAAGUUAUGGAAGCCAUUUCCAUUUAGUGCAAAUAUUGGUUGGAAUUGGCAUAAAUCUUGGAACAUCCCUGAAUUAGAGUGUUAAUUAAAAGUAACAACAUCAUUUAUAUCAUAUAGAUCGACAAUGAUUUCGACCAUCAUAUACUGAAUACACUAACCAUAGUGGCAAAUCUCUAUAUUGUUAAACAUAAUUAUGAUAAAAUGGAAAUGGAAAGCAUAGGAUGCAAAGGUUGUCCAGAAGGGGUCUUUAGAAAUGGGAUUUCAAUAUUAAGAUAAUUAAAGUUCAAUACAACUUCAUACAAGAAUGAAGUAUUAUGUUAUAGAUAAUAUUUAAGUAUCAAAAGUUUUAAAUAGUCGUGGUCAUCAGUUAAAUCAAUAGCAGCCAGUAAUAUGUUAUCGAUGCUAAAUGUUCUCCAUAUAUAUUUGUAGAUUCUAGAAAACAUGCCAGAUAAUAGGCUCUUAAUAAUAAUAUUCAACUAAUUAUUGAUCCAUUUUUACCGGAAAACUUAGAUAAAGAAUUUGUAAAAAAGGAAAGAAAAAAUUAACCAAAAGGUUUAUUAAAGGUUGAUAAUACUAUACAAGGGUUAAUUAAUUACUUCACAGCCCCAAAUAUUAGACAUAAAAUCAAACACCCAUUAUUCUUGGCUAUUAAAUUUGAUAAAUGUGUAAAAUUAUACUUAAAGAGAUAAAAUCUUGUAAAAAAUUCAAAAGACAUCAUACUAAAAGUAUAGAGCAUUUUGAUGAAAUCAAAUCAAGAAAGAUAAUAUUCAGAUAAAGGAAUGGCUUUACUAUUUCAAAUUGAUUAAACCAAUGAACUGGAAUUUAAAAAAGUAAAGUUUUUUAAUGAUUAAAGGUAUAUGAAAUAACUUAAAUCUUUGAAAAUGAUAUUUUUAUGCUAUACACAAAGCAAGAUUAAAUACCAGAUGAUUAUAUUCCAAUUGAGGAGACUUCGAGAUUGAAGUAUUAUUAUAAACAGUUGUAUCCAAAUUUAAUAAAUCAAAAAAGUGGAGUGAAUUAUUAAUCUGAAAAUUAAGAAGAAUAACCAAUUAUCAAAUAAGUAAAAUUAAACGAAAAAGAGAAUGAGAAUUAAAUAGAUACACAUUUAUAAAUUAAAUAGUGUCAAUAGCAAACAUAAUAACAGGAAGACAUCAAUAAUAAUUAACUUAUUAAUUAUAAUAAUUAGCUUUCAUAUUAUUAUAAUUAUUAAUAAUAAUAAUAAUAAUAAUAAUUAUAAUUAUAAUAAUAACAAUUCUAAAUUUAAUAAUAAUAAUGGUACAAUAAUAUGUAGUAACAGCUACAGCAAUAACAAUAAUAUUACAUGAUGCAAUAAUACCACAGAUUUUAUUGA